AUGGUGGCUCCAAAACAAGCUUCCGUUUUCACUAUUCCCCUCUUGCUAGCUGCUUCUAGUACAGUUGCUGGUUUGCAGAGUUCACAUGGCAUCGUAUCCAGAUCCGAGCCUGGCAACAACGAGAUCGUUAACCUCGCAUUGCGCCUCGACAACGAAGAGCAGAUCUCCAUCGAAGCUCGGGAAGCAUCACUCACUCUAGACGCGCGAGCAAAGCUACAGAAGCAGCCCCCCAAGCCGAAAGCUGAAAAGGCGAAGACUGCCCAGCAGAAGCCUGCAAAGCUGCAGAAAAAGCCUCCGCAGAACAAUAAGCCAAAGAUCGACAUAUCAAAGAUUUCCAGCCCGAAGCUGAUUAGUAGCUCAAAUCCAGGAGUAACGAAUUUCAAGUCCGCAACUCAAUACCAUGUACCUUCAUACAAAGGACCAAAUGGUAAAACAGUAUCGGACCCAAAGGGAUGGAAAGUCUCAAAGCGAUCACGGCUUCAGAGGCGAGCAAAACUACAGAAGCAGCCCCCCAAGCCUAAGGCUGAAAAACCGAAGCCUGCACCGAAACCUGCUAAAUCGAAACCUGCAAAGCUGCAGAAAAAGCCUCCGCAGAAUAACAAGCCAAAGAUCGACAUAUCAAAAAUUUCCAGCCCGAAGCUGAUUAGUAGCACCCACCCGGCAGUGACUCAAAUCAAGUCUGCAACCCAAUAUCAUGUGCCUUCGUAUAAAGGGCCAAAUGGUAAAACCGUCUCAGAUCCAAAGGGGUGGAAGGUUUCAAAGCGGUCAAUGUUGCGGAGGCUAUCCAAGCGACGGAAGUAG